UGGGGCUGGCGAGCCCCGGCGGAAACGCCGCUCGGCCGUUACCAGGGGUUCCGGGCUGGCGCUGGCCGCCCCGCGCCGCUUGUAAAUAUUUUUGGUGGGGCGGGGCAAAGCAGCAUCAAAUUUCAAAAAAAAAAGCACCCCAAACCCUAGCACUACGCGCGAUGGGCGCCCUUUGGCUGCGGGAGCGAGUGGAGGAUGCUGGGAAGGAGGUAAAAUGGCCACCGGCGGCGGCCCGGAGGAGGAAAGGAAGAGGGGGCGGUUGCAGCUUCUGACCCCCGCGCGCCCAGCGGUCCGGGCUGAGGAGAACGAGGGCGGCCGCGAGAAGAUGGGCUGGGCUCAAGUGGUGAAGAACUUGGCGGAGAAGAAGGGUGAGUUCCGCGAGUCGCGGCCGCCGCGGCGGGAGGAGGAAAGCAGCGGCGGCGUGGGCGGGGGGCUUGGCGCCCCCGCGGGCCUGGCAGCGCCGGGUCUGGGCGACUUCCCCCCGGCUGGCCGUGGGGACCCGAAGGGCCGUCGGAGAGACCCAGCCGGCGAGGCGGCGGACCCCCGCAAGAAGAAUGCCUCAGCAGAAGCGAGCAGGAGGAAGAAGGCCGAGGGGGCGGCCAUGGCGACCCCCAACAGGCCGGGCGCGGCCGAAGAUACAGCCGAGCGGCCGCCCCUGGACCAGCCGGGGAUGACGGUGGCGGGCCCAGCGCCUGGCCCGAGCAAGGGCCGCUUCCUCGUGCGCAUCUGUUUCCAGGGAGACGAGGGCGCUUGCCCGACCCGGGACUUCGUGGUCGGCUCACUCAUACUGCGCUCCAUCGGUAUGGACCCCAGCGACAUCUACGCGGUCAUCCAGAUCCCGGGCAGCCGCGAGUUCGACGUGAGCUUUCGCUCGGCGGAGAAGCUGGCCCUGUUCCUUCGCGUCUAUGAAGAGAAGCGCGAACAGGAGGACUGCUGGGAGAACUUCGUGGUGCUGGGGCGGAGCAAGUCCAGCCUGAAGACGCUCUUCAUCCUGUUCCGGAACGAGACCGUGGACGUGGAGGACAUCGUGACCUGGCUCAAGCGCCACUGCGAAGUGCUGGCCGUGCCUGUGAAAGUGACCGACAGGUUUGGGAUCUGGACUGGGGAGUACAAGUGCGAGAUCGAGCUGCGUCAGGGGGAGGGUGGAAUCAGGCACCUUCCGGGGGCUUUCUUCCUAGGGGCCGAGCGGGGCUACAGCUGGUACAAGGGGCAGCCCAAGACGUGCUUUAAAUGUGGUUCCCGGACCCACUUGAGCGGCAGCUGCACGCAGGACAGGUGCUUCAGGUGUGGGGAGGAGGGGCACCUGAGCCCUUACUGCAGGAAGGGCAUCGUGUGCAACCUUUGUGGCAAGCGAGGACACGCCUUUGCUCAGUGUCCCAAAGCGGUUCACAAUUCCGUGGCAGCUCAGCUAACAGGCGUAGCCGGGCACUGAACGCCCACCUGCUUGCCAGGGUGACUACAGAGCCAGUUUACCCCUCUUAAGUGCCAAAACUUUUUUUCGAACCGUUUUUUAUCGUUCAAAGGAGAUCUUUUUAAAUCUGUAAAAGACGUCUCUUUCUGCCUUUUUAAACGAAGUUUACUCCAUUUCAGCCUUUUCUGAAUUGAUGGCUUUUGUCAUCAGUAAUGACUGCCGAGAACUGUAGUCUGGAGAUACGUCUCCAGACCCUUUUUGUUUUUUAAUUGUGUUUUCUGGGGAUUUUUUUUUUUUUUGUACUUGUUACUCCGUACCCUUGUCUUCUCCCUGGAUUUCCCCCCUUUGGGCUGCCUGACUCAGUUUUAUGCCCUAGCACUAGGUAUGAAGCCCAGCACGAGGUAGGCACCCAUCAGGGUUGCCUUGAAAACAUUGUUGAUGGUGGCUUCUGUCGGUGUCUAGCUUUUGCAGCUCUUUUUCUCCCUUUUACUUUGCUGCUUCUAAUCUGUGUGGUCUGAGAAUUUGUGAAACCAGUGUUGUUAGAAGUAUAUGUAAUCUGAGUCAGUAAGCUCUGAAUGGUGGCCAAGGGCCUCUCUUACGGCAUUACAACGCAUGGACCUUGUGACAGCUCUUUUGGUGGCUUAGAGGCCAUUUUUCACGGAAUCAUGGAAUCUAGAAUUUUCCUGUGGGAAAGGACCUAAAAAUUGGUUUACACCAAUCCCCUGGUUUUCCAACAGUGAAACAGGCUGGGAGAGGUUAAAUAGCUGGGUCAAAAUCGCGUAGCUGUCUGGUGCCCAUGCUAGUAGCCUGGAGUAGAGUUCCCCGACGCCAUGCCUGGUGCUCAUUCCACUACCUCUCACAGUUCACAACAUUUUCCUCAGCACUUCAGGGCCCGGGAAGUCUGAUCUCUGCAGAAUGAUGUGCCCAGAGGAAUGCUAAGAAAUCAUCUGGGGGAGGAAGCAGAAAAACAAGAUUUUAGCGGGGGCUUCUGAAUAUUUGGGGUAUAUAGAAAAGGGACAAAGAACUAUAUAUAAUCCAGGGUGCGCUCAUUGCCCUCUGGGGUACCACGUCUGGAUUACAGUGUGCCUGAUCUUUUGGGGCCUUCCCCUUCCCCAUUCAUUGCCACCAGUGACAAAUGGGGGUGCUCCUGUGGAAGGAAACCUAUCAGAAGUUUACAUUUGCACCUCAGCCUCAAUAGUUAGAAACCCCAGAGAAGCAGCUAAUGGAGUUCAUCUGCACCCUCCUGACUCCCAGGAGAAAGGCUGUUUCAAAGUAGAAUUACCAGUGAGUUGUUAACUCCAAAAUGUACUUGUGAAACAGGCCAAGAGAGGGCUUGGGUCAACUGUUAAUCAAGUUAAAGGAGAAAGGACAAUACACUGCUUUUCGGUUUUGUCUUCCUUUUUCAUUAUGUUUUGCUAUUUCCUUGUGGCUUAGAUUGUAAAAUCCAUUGUUAAAAGUUUUGUUCUGAAUAAAUAUUUAUCUUUUGUAUUGCUAA